AUGUUCACCUUGACGAGCAGCCAAAGCGGCGACGGGCUUCGCCGGCUCUUCCAGCCGCGAGCCUCGGACGCGGGCUGCGAGCAGCACCAUGAAGUCUUGCGAACUGUCCAGGCGCAAAUGCAGCUGCUGCUGCGACUGCUCCGGCUGCGGCCGCUCUCGCCGGCGCUGGAGUGCCAGCCCGGCUGCGCCGUCACGGUCCAUGGCAUGGAGUUCUUUAACGAGAUCGCGCAUGCGGAUCCGAUGGCGCCGCCCACGUACCAGCAAGUGCUGGCCAUCAUUGACGAGCUCUUUGACUGCGUCGACCGCAUCAACGCCGAGAAGCGCGUCGUCACGGACGCGUCGCUGCUUGAGUGCAUCGCCUCUGCGCUUAUGGCUGUCGGCUUUGCGAUGGCCAACAACAUGAUCAACGCCCAUGUCAACACGCUCCUCCAAGACUCGAAAUUCAGCAUUGCCGACACGCUUGUCUCGGAGGCACUGUCGACCAUGGAGUUUGGCCACCUGCAUCCCUCUCAUGUGCACCCGCUCGUGCCGUCGAACGGGUCGGUCGCCUUCCACACGGCGACGGCCAGCAAAGCGUCGACGGCGACGUGGCAGUGCACCAUCUGCCACCGCGCCGCGAUCGUCAAGACGGACGUGGUCUACCGCUGCGCGGGCUGCAACACGCUGACGCCGGCUGCGCCGCACCACAAGCGCCGGCUCGUCACCGGGCUCUGGACGCCGACCUUCGAGUCGCUCUGCAGCCGCAACCGCCCGUCAGCCGCGCUUGCGCUCGACACGGCCAUGGCCCUCCGGCGGCGCAUGACCGAGCUGCCGCUGACGGCCGGCGCGAACAUGCUCCCGCUCCUCGAGAUGCUUGCCGAGAUGCUGUCGUCGCGCACGUUUCGCGACGUGCUGGUGCGCUCGCCGCUCUGGCUGCCCGAUAUCAUUAGCGGCAAGACCAUGGAAGUGUCGUCGUUCCUCGGACCGUUCUUCCGGCACUGCAGCCUCCCGGACGACGCGGUGCCCGGCGACCUCCUCUGCGCCCACACGGACCAGACCAAAGCCAAGACCAUGGCACGCCUCCGCGAGAUCAACGACCGCGUGCAAAAGGCGCUCGUGUCGGUGGUCGACACGUUGCUGUGCCACGGUGGCGUCGUCACCGAGGCCAUGCUGUGCUGGCUGGCGUGCGCGAUCGAGUCGAAUAGCAUUCGCCGGCGGCUCGGGCACUCGCCGGUCGAGUGCGCCUCGGACGGCUUUCUCACCAACCUCGCAGCCGUCGCGUUGCACUUUGUGGCUGCAACGAAGCCCUCGGACGUUGAUGCGCGGUACCACGGCCACGAGCUCGGCGGGCGCAUCUCGAUGGCGGACAUGGCGCGCCUUGUCAAGACGCCGGCCAAGAAUGCCAGCACGGAUGCAUCGAGUAGUUGUCGGUCGAACGCAUCGUCGUAUUACCCGACGUACGACGCCAACCUCGGCGUCGUCUGCGACCACUGCCAAGAGAAGGACUUUGUCGGCGUCCGAUACAAGUGCGGCUUCUGCGACGACUACGACCUCUGCGGCAACUGCUUUGAGCGCUUUUACGAGCAAAACCACGUGCUCCGACACAGCCCGGACCACGCGUUCAUUCGGCUCUCGGUGCCGUUGCCCCAAGUCACGACGUGGCCCUUCCGCAAGUGCGCCGAGCUGCUUGAGGACGACGCGACGACCGACAACGAUGAUGUCGACGACGGCGCGUACAUGACCUGUGACGUCUGCGCUGUCACGAUCGCUGAGCGCGGCUUCCAGUGCGGCGCGUGCGACCGGUUUGUGUGCGCCUCCUGCGUCGAUGUGGAGGAGCAGCUCGCGCUCUCGCCCGGUCUUUUUGGGGAGGCGAGCUUGAACCCGCACCGGCUGCACGCCCCGGGGCACCACUACUUUGUGCUGCCCGCGACGCUGUGGCGGCACCGCCGACGCGUCCGGUUUGGCGGGGCACUGUACCCGCCGCCCUUUGUCAGCGCCUUUGGCGACGACAACCGAGGGACCGAGUGGUGGUACAUGGCGCUCAAGGUGCUGCACGUCGGCCCCGUGCUCUCGAUGAUGCGGUACGUCUCGGUGCACCGCGAGUACCAGCAGCUCAAAGCGCUCUGCAACAUGGAGUCGCGCUCGCGGCAGCAAGGCGCGGCCGGUCGUCGGUCGUCGCGCUCGAGCCACAGCAUGAACUUGAACGCUAACCAUCUCCGCGUCGAAGAGCUUUUGAAGACCAAGACGGCCAUGGAGGUCCAGCUCUUCGCACCGAGCUUGCUCCAAGCGAUGUUCGGCUUCUACGCCCGCGUCGCGUCGUGGCUGCUGCACUUGGUCGGCGUCGGCCCGCUCGAGGCCAACGCGGUGUGUCCCCAUGAUGUCCCUGCGGCGUACGCAGACGUCCCUGAAGCGUUCCUUUGCAACGUGGCCGACGUGGCGUACAUCCUCGGAGUCCACCCGUGCGACGGCGUGCAGUGGACCUCGGAGGUUCUGACUCCGCUUCUGACGCUGCUCUUCUUCGUGCUCUCGCACCGGCCGCUGACCAACUCGCCACACGUGCGCGUCCAGCUCAUUCGCGCGCUCCUCUCGCUCGCGCCGCUGACCAAGGACAACACGAGCCGCGCGCCGCCGCUCUUGUACGACCUCUUGUCGACGGACCCGUUUUUGGUCGCCCAGGCGGUGCCGUGCCUCCUUUCUUGCCACAGCGACUUGGAGACGUACAGCUCGAGCACGGGCGGGGACACGUCGUGGGGGCUCUUGCCCGCGCGGCUCUCGACGACGCUCCUCCUGCGCUGGCUCUGGAACAACCCGGUGCAGCAACCCAUGAUUGUUGCGCAACAAGACGCGCACAGCAUGGUGCUGCUCUUCUCGGGCGUCCUCAACGACAUCACGCGGCUCCUCGACGAAGCCUCGGUCAAGGUCACGGCCAUGCGCCGGCUCCAAGAACUGCAAGACUCGCCCCACACGACGACGGGCGCGUACUUUCAGCCGUCGAUGAUGCAGAGCUACCUCGCCUUGCACUUCAACAAGGCUCGGACGACGUUCCGCGUCCUCAUCGAGUGCCUCGAGCUCUUGGCGUGGAUGGCAUCCGCCCCCGCCCUCCGCGCGGUCCUCUGUCGCCGGUCGCUUGUCGACCAGACCGCAACGACGCUCUGCUUUGUGGUCUCGUCGCUCGAGACGCAGCUGCACCCGACGCGCUGGGGCUUCUCCAGCGAGAUCUUCCAGGACGGGAUGCUUGCGCUGGCGGAAGCGUUGCUCAUCGUGGUGCGUUGCGCAGGGUACCACGCAACGUGUCCGGAAGCGUCGUCGUGGAAGCUCUCCAACUAUGCAGGCAUCCUCAUGGAAGAAAAGAUUGGCGACUUGGACGUGCACCAGCGCUGGAAGCUCAGCUCGUGCGUCUUCCGGCUCGAGAAGGAAGCGAUGGCGCCGCCCGCGCUGGAGCGCAUGCCGUCCGAGGACGACGACGACGAUGAAGACGUGACGGACGACAGCGACGAUGCGAUGGACGAAGACACGGCACUGGCGCGCCUCGAGCUCAUGGCUGCCCACCGCCGGCAGCAAGCCGACGACGAUCGCGCGCAGAAGCAGCUCUCGCAGCGAUUUCUGGCGGCGCUUGCGGCCGACGGACGCUUCGAGUCGGUCCGGUUCCGGCGCGCGGCCGUGCUGCUGCGCAGCGACCCGUCGCUGACCAACAUGUGGCGCGAAAAGUUUGUCGAAGUCGUCGACUACACGGAAACGCUGCUGCAGCGCCAGGCAGCCAUGGAGACGCAGCUCGGGUCGGUGCCCGACGAAUAUCUGGAUCCGAUUCUGCACACGCUGAUGCUGCACCCGGUGCAAUUGCCGUCCGGUCACAUUGUCGACCGGUCGAUGAUCGAGCGUCAUUUGCUCUCGGCGAGUGUCAACCCGUUUAGCCGCGAGCCGUUGACGAUGGAGAUGCUGCUGCCGUGCACGGAGCUCCAGGCGCAGAUCCACCGGUUUGUGCGCCAGAAGCUGUCGCGGCCGAUGGCCACCGAUGGCACCGACGACGACUGGGGCCUCGGCUGGGACAGCCUGUUUGAGACCGCGCCCUAGUGUUUUAUGUAUAAGAGGAUAGGAUACCGAAUGCAACGCUGCUUGUAGUAUACACCACGUUGUCUUCUUGUCG